UCAUUUCUGUCUCCUGCUAUAAAGCUCACUGCGAACAUACACACAUCCUGAUCUCCACUGAAGCCCUUGAAGCCUACUCUCUAUCUCCUGCACGUUACUCCGCAUCAUGAAUGACAUCUACAAAGCAGCGGUGGAGCAGCUCACAGACGAGCAGAAAAAUGAAUUCCGUGCCGCAUUCGACAUCUUCGUUCAGGACGCAGAGGACGGCUGCAUCAGCACCAAGGAACUGGGCAAGGUGAUGAGGAUGCUGGGACAGAACCCCACACCUGAGGAGCUGCACGAGAUGAUCGACGAGGUGGACGAGGAUGGCAGUGGGACGGUGGAUUUUGAGGAGUUCCUGGUGAUGAUGGUGAGAUGUAUGAGAGACGACAGUAAAGGGAAGUCAGAGGAGGAGCUGGCUGAACUCUUCCGCAUGUUCGACAGGAAUGAGGAUGGUUAUAUAGACCUGGAGGAGCUGAAGAUGAUGCUGGAGGAAACAGGAGAGAGCAUCACUGAGGAUGACAUCGAGGAGCUGAUGAACGACGGAGACAAGAACAACGACGGGAAAAUCGACUAUGACGAGUUUAUGGACUUCAUGAAAGGUGUGGAAUAGGAGCCUCUGGAUUUCAUCCUGCGUCACUCAAAAAAAUCGAAUCAUGUGGCUUUUGUUCCUAGUGAAAUUUCAUGUCUGUAAAUAAAAUGAUUGAAUCCUCUGAG